GGGGCAUUGUGUCGGGAGCGCCGAGCUGCAUUUGUCUGCUAGAGGUGCUCGCCGAACGAGCGUUGUGCUCGCCAGCCGCGGGGCUGGAAGUGUCAGCGGCGGCUGCGGCCCGGCGGAACACCGAGUUCGAGGAACCACGCGCCCGCUGGCCGCGAUCGCAGGCAGGGGGCGGCGUGCCAGUGGAGCAACAUGCAGAGAGGCGCCCGGCGCCCUGACGACCCCUCCCAAGGAAAAGAGGCCGGAACGGCUCUGGGGCGGCCGAGAGCAUGAGGGAGGCCGGGGGGCGGCUCGGCGAGGAGCGCUGCUAGGGAGCGGUGCGCGCUGCACACUCGCCAGGGCGCAGCGGAGGGCGGGGAGCCGGGCAGGUCGCGCCAGCGGGCGGGAGCCGGCCGCCGGGAGCUGUUCUGAUUUCCGACGCGAACGCGAGGGGCCCGGAGUAGCCCCCAGCCCCGGCGUGUAGCCAACAUGGGCAACGCGGGGAGCAUGGAUUCGCAGCAGACCGAUUUCAGGGCGCACAACGUGCCUUUGAAGCUGCCGAUGCCCGAGCCAGGUGAACUGGAGGAGCGGUUUGCCAUCGUGCUGAAUGCUAUGAACCUACCCCCGGACAAAGCCAGGUUACUGCGACAGUAUGAUAAUGAGAAAAAGUGGGAACUGAUUUGUGAUCAGGAACGAUUCCAGGUGAAGAAUCCUCCCCAUACAUACAUUCAAAAGCUCAAGGGCUAUCUGGACCCAGCUGUAACCAGGAAGAAAUUCAGACGGCGUGUUCAAGAAUCCACACAAGUGCUAAGAGAACUGGAAAUUUCUUUAAGAACCAACCAUAUUGGAUGGGUCAGAGAGUUUCUGAAUGAAGAAAACAGAGGUCUUGAUGUUCUAGUGGAAUAUCUGUCAUUUGCCCAGUAUGCGGUAACUUUUGAUUUCGAGAGCGUGGAAAGCACGGUGGAGAGCUCGGUGGACAAAUCAAAGCCGUGGAGUAGGUCUAUCGAGGAUCUGCACAGAGGGAGCAACCUGCCCUCCCCCGUGGGCAACAGCGUGUCCCGCUCAGGAAGACAUUCUGCGCUGCGAUAUAAUACUUUGCCAAGCAGAAGAACCCUGAAGAAUUCAAGAUUAGUGAGUAAGAAAGAUGAUGUACAUGUCUGUAUCAUGUGUUUACGUGCCAUCAUGAAUUACCAGUAUGGUUUCAACAUGGUCAUGUCUCAUCCACAUGCUGUCAAUGAGAUCGCACUGAGCUUGAACAACAAGAAUCCAAGAACAAAAGCCCUUGUCUUAGAACUGUUGGCAGCUGUUUGUCUUGUCAGAGGUGGGCAUGAAAUCAUUUUAUCAGCAUUUGACAACUUUAAGGAGGUUUGUGGAGAAAAACAGCGCUUUGAGAAGUUGAUGGAACAUUUCAGGAAUGAAGACAAUAACAUAGAUUUUAUGGUGGCCUCCAUGCAGUUCAUUAAUAUCGUAGUCCAUUCAGUGGAAGACAUGAAUUUCAGAGUGCACCUCCAGUAUGAAUUUACCAAGCUAGGCCUGGAUGAAUACUUGGAUAAACUGAAGCACACGGAGAGCGACAAACUCCAGGUGCAGAUCCAGGCAUACCUGGACAACGUGUUCGACGUGGGAGCUCUGCUGGAAGACGCUGAAACCAAGAACGCGGCCUUGGAGAGGGUGGAAGAGCUGGAGGAGAACAUUUCUCAUUUGUCUGAGAAACUGCAGGACACGGAGAAUGAAGCCAUGUCCAAGAUCGUGGAACUGGAAAAGCAGCUCAUGCAGAGGAACAAGGAGCUGGAUGUUGUUCGGGAAAUCUACAAAGAUGCAAAUACCCAGGUUCACACAUUAAGGAAAAUGGUCAAAGAAAAAGAAGAAGCCAUUCAAAGACAGUCUACCCUGGAAAAAAAGAUUCAUGAACUGGAGAAACAAGGGACCAUUAAAAUUCAGAAGAAAGGGGAUGGGGACAUCGCCAUCCUGCCGGUCGUGGCUUCUGGCACAUUGUCCACGGGGUCAGAAGUGGCCGUGGGUAACUUUGUGGGACCAGUAACGGGGGCCGCCUCCUCGGGACCCCUGCCCCCCCCUCCUCCCCCACUACCUCCAUCGUCGGACACACCUGAAGCAGUGCAAAAUGGUCCAGUCACGCCACCCAUGCCGCCACCGCCCCCGCCCCCUCCCCCCCCUCCUCCCCCGCCGCCCCCUCCUCCUCCUCUCCCAGGCCCUGCAGCCGAGACUGUGCCUGCUCCUCCUUUACCACCCCCUCCUCCUCCCUCUGCACCCCCGCUGCCUGGGACAUCCUCACCCACAGUGGUUUUCAACUCAGGAUUAGCAGCUGUAAAAAUAAAGAAGCCAAUCAAGACGAAAUUCAGAAUGCCAGUUUUUAACUGGGUUGCCCUGAAGCCAAAUCAGAUCAAUGGCACGGUCUUCAACGAGAUUGAUGACGAGCGGAUUCUGGAGGAUUUAAAUGUGGAUGAAUUUGAAGAAAUAUUUAAGACGAAAGCCCAGGGUCCUGCCAUUGAUCUGUCUUCAAGCAAGCAGAAGAUAACACAGAAGGGGUCCAACAAAGUGACAUUACUAGAAGCAAAUAGGGCCAAAAAUCUUGCCAUAACGUUAAGGAAAGCUGGAAAGACCGCCGAUGAGAUAUGUAAAGCUAUACAUGUAUUUGACUUGAAGACAUUGCCUGUAGACUUCGUAGAAUGUUUGAUGAGGUUCUUGCCAACUGAGAACGAGGUGAAAGUGUUUCGGCUCUAUGAGCGGGAAAGGAAGCCCCUGGAGAACUUGUCAGAUGAAGACCGGUUCAUGAUGCAGUUCAGUAAAAUUGAGAGACUCAUGCAGAAGAUGACCAUCAUGGCCUUCAUUGGGAACUUUGCAGAAAGCAUUCAGAUGCUGACUCCUCAACUGCACUCAAUUAUAGCAGCAUCUGUUUCUAUAAAGUCGUCCCAAAAACUCAAGAAAAUUCUGGAGAUCAUCUUGGCCCUUGGAAACUAUAUGAAUAGCAGUAAACGAGGAGCAGUUUAUGGAUUUAAACUUCAGAGUUUAGAUCUGCUCUUAGAUACAAAGUCGACAGACCGAAAGCAAACACUGUUGCACUACAUUUCAAAUGUGGUAAAAGAGAAAUAUCACCAAGUGUCCCUGUUUUAUAACGAGCUUCACUAUGUGGAGAAAGCUGCCGCAGUCUCCCUCGAGAAUGUUUUAUUGGACGUCAAGGAGCUCCAGAGGGGCAUGGACUUAACCAAGAGGGAGUACACCAUGCACGACCACAACACGCUGCUGAAGGAGUUCAUCCUCAACAACGAGGGGAAGCUGAAGAAGCUGCAGGAUGACGCCAAGAUAGCACAGGAUGCUUUUGAUGAUGUGGUGAAGUAUUUUGGAGAAAACCCCAAGACAACUCCACCCUCUGUCUUCUUUCCCGUCUUUGUCCGGUUUGUGAAAGCCUAUAAGCAAGCAGAAGAGGAAAAUGAGCUGAGGAAAAAGCAGGAACAAGCCCUCAUGGAAAAACUCCUAGAGCAGGAAGCUCUGAUGGAGCAGCAGGAUCCAAAGUCUCCUUCCCACAAAUCAAAGAGGCAGCAGCAGGAAUUAAUUGCAGAAUUGAGAAGGCGACAAGUGAAAGAUAACAGACAUGUAUAUGAAGGAAAAGACGGUGCCAUUGAAGACAUUAUCACAGCCUUAAAGAAGAAUAAUAUCACUAAAUUUCCAAAUGUUCACUCGAGGGUAAGGAUUUCUUCUAGCACACCGGUGGUGGAGGAUACACAGAGCUGAUCUUAGAAACCAACCAUACAGACGAGCCGAUGCGGUGAGGAGAAGUGUCAGGCGGCGCUUUGAUGAUCAGAACCUGCGUUCUGUUAAUGGUGCCGAGAUAACCAUGUGAACCUGAGACCUGCCUGUAUGAGUAGAGUAUACGUGAAUGAAACUUUCCACAUGAACUUUAUGUGCUACCAUGUAACCGCAACCUUGAACAUUGAUAAAAUAUUCUAAGGGCUCAGAUUUAGCAAACACAUAGGAAUUUAAAAAUGACGGGCUCUCCUUUCAACCUUUGUUAACAAGUGCCUAAAAGUGGAAGUACCUGCUCAGAUUAAUCAAAGCAAUAGGGUUUGAUUUGAUUAGGUAUCUUUUUACACCAGUGUAUUACCCAAUUUUUUAACCAAAAUGUAAAUUUCGUAUUAUACUCAUUAUCUGCCAUUGUGAUUGUCCCAUGAUGGCACACCCUGGUUUCCUGAUAAGUUGUAAAUAACAUGGAUGCAACUGCUGUGGGUUUCCUUUGCUGAGAUGUUUAAAGAAAAAAGUUGCUUUUGUGUUUUAGACAUAUCCAUCAACUUUGUUAUUUUUAAGGGCUUGCAACCUGGAAGAAAGAAAGUCACAUAUAAGCUCCUGUCCAUAACCAAGCCCCAGCCAAGUACAAACAGGAUGCACUGCAGUGGAACAGAGGUCACUCAGCUCUCUCAUUUUACAUUCUACACUGCUGUACUCGGGUAGGACACCCUGUGAGAGUUCACCAGUAUGAAUGCAAGGAUAUGAUGGCAUACAAAUUUGUGUAAGAUUUUUUUGCAGUACUGUGUUCUUCAGCUAGAGGCAGCUUUUAAAAUAAUAAUAAUGCAGAUGUAUUUAUUAAUUAGCACUAAAAUUAACAUCUCAGUAAUCAGUAUUAGGAUUUCUGAGGACCAUUAUGGGCCUAUUCUGAGAACAGAAAUUGGUGCCUUGCUAGCCAGGGAGAAGUUCAUUAGCUCUAUCAAGCAUUUCAAUUACUUCUGCUAGCUAGUAGUGUAGUUAACCUAGCCUUAUUCUCCUGACAAUCGCAGUGCCCCCCCCCGCCGCGCCCACCCUUUUGUAAACCAGAGAAGAUAUAUUUGGCAUCAUUGCUUUAUAGGGAAUUGCAAAUUAAAUUGCUUGAAAUGUUCACAUUUGGAUUAAGCUUAAGUGAUACAUAAUAGGACUAAAUGGCCAACUAAGCCACUGUUAUUUUUCCUUCCUCUCUGGCAGGGCACUUGAUCCAUUCCAAAGUCAAAAACUGGACUAAAGCUGAUUUGUACUUUACAUAUUAUACACUCUGCUUCUGGCUUACUUCUUGGUACAUCAAUAUAUUAAUUGUAAAGUUUAUUGUAUAGUAUUUAACCACUGAAUUUCUUAUUUUAUGUUGUGCUUAUGUGAACCCCUUGGUGAAGGUCCCAUUUUCCUUGGAUAAUGUGUAGUUAUAUGAUCUCUUUUUAAAUGUACAGAUAUUUUGCUAUAAAAUUGGUGCAGUUUUUUAUGGUUUUUACACUUUAAUUCCCACCUAAGCCUCUGGGUAAUAUUGUAAAUAUUGUUUAAAAAUGCAUCAGCCUGUGCUAUACAAUCUGAAUGUUAUUUUAACUUAUAGUUUUUUUUAAUAUAUAUAUUUAACUACAAGGACAGUUUAGGGAUCAGUUACCACAUUUCACUUUAGCAUACCUAUUUACAAAAAAUUACUUUUAAAACUGCCACCUGCUAGCACAUUUUCAUAAAUGUGUACUUUAAAAAGAACAUGCCAAGAUUUUGUCUGUUAACAUUGAUUUUGAUGAAAAAAACAAUUUGACCAUGAUACAACACAAGUAGUUGGCCCUUUUUGACAGGCGGCUGCUUUCCAAAGCUUAAUACUAAAAAGCAUAUAUUAAAAUAGUUGCCUAUUUAUUAAUCAACAAAUAGACAAUAAUGUUGGCAUGUUCUUUUCUGUUUAUUAAUGGGCUUGCCUUCUUAGCAAUAUUAGAAAUGUUUUAUAAAAAAGCAAUUCAUGUUACUUUUCUGGUCUUUUCAUGACAUAUGAGCAAAUAAACUAUUUACACUAUUA